AUGUGCGCCAAUAUCAAUACCCUGAGUUUAGAACUUUUGGAUCUAAUCAUCACACAUCUCAUCGAGAUACCCCCAACAUAUUCCGACAUUUCAAAUGCAUCCCUGCCGCCGCCGCAGAACCUCGCGCGAUACGCGACAAUCUCGCGAUCGUGGCAGCACGCGAUCGAGCGGCACACGUUCGCCGCAAUAAGCACAUUUUGCGGCGACCUUCCUACCAUGAGGCAGGUAUUCAAUCAGUCCCCAUGGCGCAAGCGGUACCUGCGAGCGCUCUUCUACUCCAUCGAUCUGCCGCUAUACAGUGACGAUCGUAGGUUCUGCUUUGAGCGCCGACGCGAGCACCAGGAAAACCUCGUUGCGUUUCGAGACGGUGUAAGGCAGCUAUGGGCGGAGCUUGCUUCAUGGGAGGAGGAUUUGUCUUUGGGGAUUCGACUUGUCCUUGCGGCCGAGGCGCCGAUGAAUCGGGGUCGGGAGGGGGAUGACUUACCGAUUACGGUUGGUAUUGGCGACAGGCGCUGGGCAUUCCCGGAGCAUAGUCUGACGCUCUGGGAUGAUACCGGUGAAGUAUCCUUUCUUCCUGGUCUGUGUCGUGUUACGACCCUGGAAAUUGCAAAGUCAGGAAGGCGCAUCUACCCCACUGCUAUCAGCCAGAUGAUCUCUUCGUUGUCGAAUCUUCGAAAGCUCGAGGUUGCAAUCUUCCCCGUGCAACCAAAGAAUAAAGACCUCCGGGCCGAGAUGCGAAAUGACCUCGCACGCGUACUAGAGAGUCCCAUGUUGCAUAGCCUAGAAAUACUCCGCGUCCAGAUGGACGAGGCAACGCCGUACAACCACAACUUCCGCAUCGCAUUCCAGGAAGAUCCUGUGUAUCCCGACGGAGACCAUCUCUGCCGCGCCGUGUGCAAGCUCGCGCAAAGAAGGCUUCGCGAGCUCUACAUGGUCGGACCGUGUCUGAUCUCACCCGCUAUCUGGGGACUUUCCCACGACAAUCUCGACACAGACAAGCUGGAUCUAACCUUUCCGCACCUCGAGAUUGCCAAGAUCGAAUUCGCUCUCGUCACCUACGACGGUCGCUGGUACUACACCGGCGACGCGACGGAGAACACCGAAGACGAAGAAGAAGCCAACGCGGUGCCAACGUACUCACAGCACGAACUCGCCUCAGACUCUGAUUCAGACUCGUGCUCCUCAUUCAACUCCGAGUACCACGAUGAGAUACAUGACUACCGCGAGGCCUGUCUGAACGGGAACGACCCGUAUAACACCUGGCGACGCCAUCCAGACCCCAGGACCUUUGAGCCCCUGCAGCGCGGCAUGAUUCUAGCAGCCAUGCAGAUGCCCAAAUUGCGCACGCUGGAACUCCGGACGAGGGACCCCGGAGAGUUUGACAAUGAAGUGUCGUUUCAGUGCCUUGCGCCGGGAGUAGAGGCUGAUGAUGUCGGAUGGGGGACGCAGCCGGAGGAGCAGCUGAGGAAGUGGCGCUGGGCUGUGUGUUUUCCGAUGGAGCGGCUAUGGGAGGUUCCUGAAGCGAUACGGCAGUUAAUGUUGCAACAUCUGGGGGAGGAAGGGGAGAUUAUGUACUUUCCUUGA